AUGUUCACCCCAACUGUUGCCAACUCGACCUCCUACUUCUAUGCGCUGGGCAAUACACCGGCCAUCAACUUAGCCAAAAACCUGCCUAAUGGAGUCGAUGCCAGUUUACUACUACUUGGUUGCGGCGAUGUGAGGAACAUCAUUUACACAGCCUACAAUGAGAUUGGACUACCUGGUCGCAAUCUGGAUAUCACAGUCAAUGACAUCGAUGAAGCUAUUCUGGCACGCAACAUCUUUCUCUUCUCUCUGCUCAUCGACAAUGACAAUGUCUCCGGAAAUACCCCCUGGAACUUGUACUACAACCUUCACAUUGACAGCUCAGACCUACACAUCUUAUCGUCUCAAGUCAAGAAGCUUCUCAAAGCAUCAGAGUCUCUGAAGUUGUGGAAAUCAAGCUCAUACGGCAAAGUCUUGCCCUUCUGUGAUCAGGCCACCCUCGACGACGUUCGUGCCGUCUGGAUCAGCUAUGAGAAUGCCGCUGCGUCCGACAAUGUCAUCGCCAAUUCCGAAGCCCUGACUGCUAAUCUCAAACACUCCAUUGAGAUGAAGAGAAUUGCCUUCGGCAACGCUGUAGCUUUCACCGGUUUGCGAUCAGCUGCUCCUGCUGCACUAAAAAACGCACAGGAAGUUACCGAAGCUUCUCAGCAGUUCUGGGAGUCCGCCGACGCUACACCCAACGGUGCCGUCAGCAACCCAAACCCCCUCUUCUAUGCCUCGCUGUCGAAACACCAUCUCUUGCACUACGGAACUGACCCCGUCCUCGGCUUCCAUCUUGCUGCGGCCUUCAUCCCCUUGACCGAACAGUCUCCUCUGAAGCCUGAUCAACAGGAUGAGAGGAACAGGGUUUUCUCGGCUGCAAAGACACAAUUCCGAGAGUGGGCGACUGCCUGUGGGACUCUUCUUCGUGGGAAGAAGUUGGUGAUCCGUUCCACCGCCAGUGAAGCACUUGCGUUCUGCCACACCCUGCAGCACUUAAUCGUCACCAAGGAGACGUCUGCCGGAUGGUACCGUCGCCAAUUCGAUGCCCGCGUCCUGUCCUUGGACCAAGAUGUGUACGGCGCCAAGUCAACAGCUCCCAUCGCAUUCGACACCGUUGACACUACCAACCUCGCGGACCACUUUGGCACAUUGAACAUUCUCAUUACCGCCAAAGAGGCCUUUGAUACCCUCUUGUACGGCCACGGCCCCACGAUAUCACUGUUAGUAGGCGCGAGCGCGGUCGAAUACUGGACCAACUCCACUGCCGUUUCAAGCGUCGAUGAGAUCUUGAUCGGCCUGAGCACCAAGAGCAUCCAGGCGAAAGGCGACGAAGUGGCUCAAGUGCACAGUCGAAUUACAUGGAAACAGAGCAAGCUUUUCUCAGGAGUCAACGCCUCCGGGCCUCUCGCAAUCGGAUCUGAAGCGCUAGCCAGCAUCUUCUUCAACCUCUACCUUAAGGUCUUCGCACACGAGAACCCCAUGAAGCUGCUGUCCAUCUCGAAGUCAUCCGUCACGCAGCUUAUCCGCAACACGGCCUACUCCCACUUCCACCGGGGCACCCUCGUCUCCCUUCUCCAUUACCUCAAGCUGCGUCUAUCUGUCGACAAUUUUGAAAAGACUUGCGGAUUUCUGCUCCAGAAAAUAUCCGCUGAAAGAAGCCUGAUGUUCACGGGGAAUCUUAGACAAGAUUUGUCUGUGCAGAUGCAUACGCAGGGGGUCGACUCAGAAGACUGGCUUCGGGCAGAGAUCAAGCCUAACCGUAACCUCGGCGGGUUCGACUCCUGGACAUCAGUCCCAGAGGUCGUGGCCGUGACUCUCGUUGUCCCGCGGGAGAAGAUUGCGCGGGUCUUUGACGGCUCUGACCAAGCCAAAAUCAGUUCUCCCACCAUCAGAGGUUCAUUGGUCUCUGGUGAAGACGCCAACCACAAGUGGCACAACUUCUACGACGAGGUACAGCUUGUCUUUGGGACCGUCAAAUCCAGUGGUAACCGUGACACCAGCGACUUCUCGGUCACCGUCGAUGCAGACCCAGCAGGUUGGCUUGGGAAAUCUCCGCUCAUCGCAACCUUCUACGUCUCUGCUGCGGCGUUGCAGGUGGAACGCAAAACUUCCUAUGUCCGCCUAGAGGUCCUGAGCUCUGCACAAAGUAUCGCUGUCUUCAGCAAGACUCUCGGUAGCGAACUCAGAAUCUUCCAGGCUAAGUUGGCUGACGAGGACAGCGUCUUCGUCACCAAGUACAUGCCCGGUCAGACAAGGUAUCCGGCUGCUUCUGAAGCUGCGGGACUUGUCGCGGAGACUGCUUUCGAAAAGAGCACGGACACAGAAUCGACCUUCACCGCAAACGCAUCACAAAGACAGGACAGAAUCGAAACCAUUACUGGACAUCUCGAUAUCCUGUCUACCAAGGGCAAGAAAUUCCUUAGUGACAAGCUACCCAUUACCCUUGAUCAAGUGUCUCCCUUCACCGUCAACGUCGUGUUUGGUGACAAGGAGCUUGUCUAUCCUCUCACCUUCCCCGCUCUCAUCGACGCCAGCAAGGCGAAAACUCGCAUCGCUCGUACAUCCGCCUACGUCGAGGUUAUUGCCCCCUUUGCCGAACCUAGCAGCGAUCCAGAAACGAACACAGUACUCACCGACUUUGUCUAUCCGACUCAGCUUGCACGAGGUCUCUCAAACACCCCAGCCGAUCUCAACACCCCGCACUUGAACCUCGACCGCCUCCCUGUCAUCGACGUCGCCAAAAGGGAUGAGCUUCCCUUCCUCAACACACUCCUCUCCUUCGAGUUCUCGGUCCGUGAGAGGGCACUGCGCGAGCGUAUCAACGCUAGCAGGCUCGACCUCGCCCCCUCGCCUCGCGUCAACUUCAAGGAGUCAAUCUUCACCAUGACUAUGCUCUCCACGGGUCAACAAGGUGGCCAAACUGGCCUCUUCUGUCUCAACCAUCCGGACCGCGGCGGCAUUCACAUGCUCUUCUUCGUCUCCGCUCUCCGUCUCGAUGCUGCCUCUGCCUCCGUCGUCCUCGAUGCCGCAGUCCUACCAUUCACGCUCCCCAUUAUCAAGAAGGUAGAGCCAUUCCUUCUGCUUCUGAGAGAGCUCGAGAUGGCCUCUGUCACCGUCAACGACGAGGAACUCAUCCUCUGGAAGAAGGUCCUCCCUGCCCUGGCCGAGCGUGCCCGGACGUGGAACCAUAAUUCGUCGUGCGAGUACCGCAAGGCCGGCGCCACCAUACCCUUAUCGCUGGAACCCAGUGAGCCUGUCCUCUGCUCCUGCGGCCGCGGACAGUUCCCUGCGAACUUCAUCGGGCUCCCAGAGUGGGACACCGCGUCCAAAUACGCCACCCGCAUUGCCAUCAGCCCGACGUUCGCUGUACCAUUUGUGGAGGAGAUUGUGGACACGAAUAAAUAUAAGGAUUAUCGCGCUAAUGGUAUGGCGCCGCCUAAGGAAAGGUGCACCAACUGCGGCAAGGAGCCAACGAACGGCGCCGCUCUGAAGAAGUGUAUGCGCUGCUUGAAUGUCAAGUAUUGCAGUGCCGAUUGCCAGAAGAAGGAUUGGCGAAAGCAUCGUGGCGAGUGCAAGGAAAGCGAGGCGUAUCAAAAGUAA